AUAUUGCUUUAUUUCACAUUUAACAAACUUAAGUCUACCGUAAUAGUGUAUUAAUAUUUUAGUGCAAUGUAUUUUUUGCUACUUUAUAUGAUUGUAGUUAUAUUGCUAAUAUUAGCAUUUUUGUACCACAAAUGGACAUUUUGGAAACGCCAGGGUAUACCCAACGACCUGUCAUCCAAGAGUGGACUACCAUUUCAUGUGACCGAUAAUGAGUCGCAUAGAAAAUACGGCAAAAUUGUCGGCUAUUACGAAGGUUUGAAGCCAUGUCUGUCCAUAACUGAUCCCAAUUUAAUCCGCAAAGUAUUGGUCACAGAGUUUCAUAGUUUUGUGAACCAUAGGGAGCUGACCGAUGAGAGCGAGCACAUGAACAAAGGCCUGUUCUUCUCGAGGUAUCCCAACUGGAAACGGAUCCGAGCCAUACAUUCGCCAUCGUUUUCAACGGGAAAACUAAAGGCAAUGAAACCGAUGAUCGAGAAAACUAUGGAUCAAUUGAUCGCCAAAUUAGAUCCGAAAGCCAGUGAUCAGCAAAUCGUAGACUUCCGGCAUUAUUACGAUUCCCUUACCUUUGAUGUGAUCACACGGGCAGCAGCCGGCGUACAUACCGGUGCCGUCGAUAAUCCGGUCAAUAAUCUGUUAUUAACGGCUGUUAAGAAAUUGCUUCAAAAGGAUCAGGAUAUGUGGGAUUGGAUGGUGUUUUUCAUGCCAUUUAUACGUAAUUUUGUUGAGAUUAAAUUUUUUGAUGGCAAGAGUCAAGAGAUUAUCUCUGAGUCCAUAAGACGUGUGAUUAGAGAGAGGACUGAGAAGAAUAUCGAUGUCCCGGAUCUGUUGCAGUACUCCAUAGACUACAGUGUUUUGUCGGCAAAAGUUAUCAGGAAUAAGGAGUUUGCAAGUUUUGAGAAGUUAACGGAGGACGAGGUGUUGGGCCAAAGUAUGAACAUAAUAGCCGCCGGUUAUGAGACAACGGCCACACAGUUGUGUUUCAUGACUCGACUACUGGCCCUCAAUCCUAACCAUCAGAAUAGACUCGUCGACGAGAUUAAGACCACGUUUGCCGACAACUCAGACAUAGAUUACGACCGACUCAUGAAAAUGUCGUUUUUGGACGCAUUUGUCAAAGAGGUCAUGAGAAUCAACUGCUCAGUGAAUAGAAUCGACAGAAUCACCACAAAUGACACAUAUUUGGGGGGAAUAUUCGUACCGAAAGGCACUAAUAUUAUUAUCCCUAUUUGGGCCCUACAUGUGGACCCGGAUCACUUUCCCGACCCAAUGGAGUUUAAGCCCGAUAGGUUUAUGCCGGACAAUGAGCACCUGAUUAAGGACUACACAUAUCUGCCCUUCGGUACCGGCCCUCGCAAUUGCAUUGGUAUGCGGUUCGCCUUAAUGGAGAUGAAGUACUCAUUAGUGAGACUUUUGCGUAAAUAUGAGUUCCUGGUGUGCGAUGAGACUCCGGACCUGGAUUACUUUGCCCCACUGAUACAAAUAGCGUGCAUGAAACAAAUGAAAGUUCGGGUCAAACACCGGUAAACACUAGUAAUAAUGAUACUGAAUAGCAGUGUACUUGUUUUUAUGUAGUUUAAAUUUAAAAGUUUAGCACAUAAUCUAGCACAUAAAAGCAC